AUGCCAUCAGAUACUCAAUCUACAGCUUACAAAAAUGCUGCUGCGUCCGCACCUUCGAAGGAUUCAUUAUCGAGGACGCCACAUGCCAUUGACCGGCAGGUCCCACCACGCGUUCGUCCCUCUAUUUCUUCCAAAGAGAAUGUAGGCGGUGCUGCAUAUACUUCUUCAUCAUCUACUGCAUCUCCGGCACUUGAAAAGCGUGAAGAAUCCGCAGGCACAUCCACACUCCUUUCGCAAACUCAUUCCAGGCGCAGCAGUCUCCGGUGUCGCUCUCAAUCUAAAGAUCACUCUUCAUUUGUGGAGUCUUCUGAGAUCAAACGUGUCAAGAAACCCAAAGAGAGCUUCUUGGCCACGUUCUUUCGCAAGCUCUUCUGCUGCGUCGGAGUCGAUUCCCGAGCUCAUGACAUCGACGUCGAUGGUGGGGCAAGCGCUGGGUCGGGUCCUACUCUACUGGCUCACAAGACCGCGGACAAUGCUGGGAAGCAAUUUUCUGAAAAAGCACCAGUCGCAUCGGUAGUUCCAGUCGCAUCCUCAGGUCAACCUGCUGUACCUCCUAAGGACUUGCUAGAGACUGCGGGCGCUACCAGUAGGGCCGUACAACCGCCAGGUUCUUCUGUUCCUGGUCAAGUAUUAAAGACCUCUGCAAGUCGCCCGUCCGAACAUGGUAACGAGUCGGAUGAUGUUCCGUUUGAUGAGUUAAGCGAGGAAGAUGAAAUGCUGAUCAGGAAUGGGGGUGCAGGCAUCCCCUUGGGCUCUCCAUGGCCACUUCUCCCACCCAUCGCGCCUAAACAUGUUGGCAAGAAGUGUCUAGUGCUUGACCUGGACGAGACCCUCGUCCAUAGUAACUUCAUGCCCGUACCAGAUCCAGACUUUGUCGUUCCUGUCCAAAUCGAGCAUCAAUGGCACAACAUGUAUGUACAGAAGCGACCAGGAGUAGACGAGUUUCUUCGACAGAUGGGUGAGCUGUAUGAAGUAGUAGUGUACACCGCAAGUCUGGGUUCCUAUGCAGAUCCGGUGAUGGACCAUCUCGAUAUCUACAAUGCUGUUUCGCAUAGGCUCUUCCGGGAAAGUUGUUUCCGUUAUAGAGGAAACUAUGUAAAGGACCUGUCGCAGCUCGGACGUCCCAUGGCAGAUACCAUCAUCAUCGACAAUUCACCGGCAUCAUAUAUCUUCCACCCCAACAAUGCCGUGCCUAUAUCCUCAUGGUUCAACGAUCCUCACGAUACCGAACUGAUAGACAUCUGCCCCCUUCUUGCAGAUCUCAGCGACACGAAAGAUGUGCGAAGCGCGUUGACCACGAUUUUGUAA